GGUUAGGGUGUGUAUAAGACAGAAAGCAAACACGCUAGUAUGCAGUUCCUGCAGCAAUGGAGAGUGAGCCGAGAGCUACUGAGCACACUGUAUCUUAUGCGCCUAAGUCAUCUCAAGUUUCGUUCAACCGCAGCGGACCCCCUCGUUCACACUAUGGAUUGUUUGGGCAAGGCGUAGAAGGACGUAACCGCGUGGUCAUCCUAUGUCUUGGAUUUCUGGAUGUCAUUCUGCUCAUCAUUGCUGUGGUUUUCAGAACCGGCUUCACACAACACUCCAACGCAAAUCCCCAGCCGGCUGCACCACAUCUCAUCGCUGAGCUGGACCUUCUCUUGGGCAACCACAGUGAUGCCAUGGUGGCGAUGCAAGAGGCCGUGAACGCCUUAAAUAAAGCGACCAGGAGUCAUGAAAAACUGAAGGGGAAAAUAAAUGAGCAAAAGACCAUGAAUGAGGUUUAUCAGAGUCAGCUGGAGAGUCUGCGCAGAGAGAGGAAAAUCCUGCAAUUUAACAUGUCAUCUUUUGAAGGCACCUGUGGCAAGUGCAACAAGGGCUGGACCUAUUUCAACUCAUCCUGCUAUUACUUCUCUUUUACGAACUCAUCCAGCACUCAUACCUGGAAGGACAGCCGAAACGAUUGCAUUAAUCGUGGAGCAGAUCUGAUCGUGAUAGAUUACCCGAACGAGCAGUCAUAUGUGAAUCAUAUCAGCCAAUUCCUGAACAAUAGAUUCUAUUUGUGGGAAAAGGCUCAGUGGAUUGGUGUCACUGAGGGGAAAACGGAGGGUACUUGGGUCUGGAUAAAUAAUGCAACGGAAUCAGAAGAAAGGUACUGGAAGUCUGGAGAACCCAACAGCUUUGAAAAAAAUUGUGUGGCUACGAUCUAUUCGCCAGCUCAACCCUGGGAGACUCGCUUCGUUACGAGUUGUGAUUUAAAUUAUCAGUGGAUAUGUGAAAUGGCGCCUAAAUAGACUGCACCAAAAAAAAAAACAGUAAUCAUGAAAUUUUAAAAAGCAAGCAACACUUCUUGUGAUUCUUUGUGUUUCUUUUCACUAGCCUUGAAAAUGGUGAUUUCUUCCACAAACAAAGUGAUAGAUGUUUUUGUCUUAACUCUAACUCACAAAAGGAAAUACUCGCUUCCCCAUAUGAAAAGUUUCUCUUCUCUUUUCCUCUCCCUGAUCCUGCAUUCCUUCUCAUUUCCUAAUCUUGACACUUAAUUUCGAUGAGUUGAUACUUGUCGUGAGAUAAAUAGUUAAGGACAGAGAAAGUAACAGUGACAGAAGGAAAGGGGAGAAAUGACUGAUUUGGAUUCAAACAACGGAUUUAAAACACUGGUUUCUCAAAAUGACGAUGACGUGGAACCAGCUAGAAAAAAAGCCUCCUCUUUGCUACUUUACAAAGCAGCUAUCGCGAGCCUGGCGAUACUUGCAGCCGUUUUACUGAUUGUUGACAUUCUCCUGGUGAUCCACUAUAUCAAGGGUGGCAAUACCCACCGGUCCAUUGAUGACACAGAAAGUAUCAAGAAAGAGUUAAUCAAACUCGAGCAAUCAUACAAGUUUGCAGUUCGAAACCUGAGCGAUGCCGAGAAGAAGCUGGAGAGUGAAAUGAGAAGACAAACACAAAGCAACUGGGAGCUUGAUCACCACAAAAGAAGGACUAAAGACUAUGAAGUGCAACUUGAUACAAUACUGAAAAACGUCUCAAGUCUAAAACUUCACUUAGCGCACACUGAGAAUGGCUGCAGGCAUUGUCCAGUCGGAUGGAUUUUGCUGAACUCUAUGUGCUACUACUUCGCCUUGUCUCCACUUGAUGGCAAAAAAUCAUGGCGACAUGCUCGACAUUUCUGUCAAAUACACGGCGGUGAUCUCAUAACCAUCGACAGCAUAGAAGAAGAGAUUGCAACCAUGAAUUACCUGAGAAAUCGUACCGGUCCGUCCAUGAAUUUCUACAACUUUUGGAUUGGAUUGUACUUUAGCAAGGAAGGACUUUGGAGAUGGGGAGAUGGAAGAGAUUUGAUUGAAGGGUACUGGGCCGACGGAGAAUCAAGUGAUGAGGUUCAGGAAGACUGUGCAGCUUUAUAUAGCACAGAAAACUUCUUUCGUGCUUGGAUUAGUAUCCACUGCACAAAUGUGGCCAAAUGGAUUUGUGAACAAGACCCAAGUCCCAACCACCUUAGACAAUACAGUUAAAAUUGAUAUUUUAAAUGGGCAACCUUUCCAAAAAUCGAGACAUUUAAAAAAAAAAAGGAACCAACUAAAAUUAGCACAAAUAAAUGUUCCCAACAUUUUGUGUUUACUGUAACUGUAUUACAAAAAAAAAAUAGUGAUUGCUUAAAGUCUGUCAAAAAUGCUGAAUACAAAAAUC